CACGAAGAAAAACCCAGUCGUCUCCGCCUCGUUCUUCUUCGACUGUGUAGGGACUAUACAGAGGUGUGGGCGUUUUAACUGAAAGAUCCAAUGUUUUAGUGUUGCUUUAAGCUAUAUAUUAUUUAUUUAUUAUAUAUAUUUAUUUCAGAAAUGCUAGCCGUGAACUCUUUACGUGUCGUUAGCUCGACACGGCCACUCCUGCUGCUCAGGAACCGUAUGUGUGUUUCUAAAGUCUGUUUGUCAACUAGCUUCCCCACUAAGGACACAUGGCACUGUAAUAGGAACAGCAGACCACUGCUGAAGGACACUAGACUGACUUACAACAUUAAUCAGUCCAAAACACACAGGGAUUACUGUACAAGUCUGGCCAGACUGAGCUGUUGGAACUGUAAACAGCCUCUUGACAAAACACCUGCUUUCUUCUGUGUGUCCUGCAAAGUAGUACAGCCCCCCGAGGAAGACGUAUCGUACUUUAAGAUCAUGGCCUGUGACUACACUUUUACACUGGACACACAACAGUUGCAGAAGAAAUACCUGGAGCUCCAGAGGUUGCUACACCCAGACAACUUCACUCAGAAAUCUGCGCAGGAGCAGGAGUUCUCCGAAAGCCAGUCGGCUCUGGUGAACAAAGCGUACACGACUUUGCUCAAGCCCUUGAGUCGCGGCCUUUACAUGCUGGAGCUCGAAGGGAUGCGUAUAGAGGAGGGCACCGACCCCGGGGCUGACUCUGCAUUCCUAAUGGAGCUGAUGGAGAUCAAUGAGAGUCUCGAUGAAGCACAGACUCCAGAGGAGGCCAACAAGAUUGGCCAGACCACGAGAGGAAAACUAGCCGACCUGACGGAGCAAAUAGAUGCUGCCCUCCGUAAAGGCGACCUUCAGACUGCACUGGCACUUCUCACCCAAAUGAAAUACCACGCAAAUAUCGAGGAAAAAGUCAAGGAAAAACUAUGUCAAUUCAUGUAAUCUUUUUUGCUUAAUGUCUUAUUUGUUUUACCCUUUUCUACAAAUAUUAUUAUUAUUAUUAUUUUAUUCAUAGUGUACAGUGUUGUUUGAAUAAUAAUGUAGGACUAAAUUUUAUUGUUUAUUAUAUUUUUUAUAUAUACACUAUAUACGUGCUUUGUUUGUGACUGUGGCCUCAGUCCAAUAACAUUCAUUUAUUCCCAAAGUCAUUAAACAAAAAGAUCUGUUUGAGCCACUGAUUAAAACACUGCACUGAAUGUGCUGUGAUCGUCCCCGCCCAUCAGUCACGCUCACAUGCAGCUGCUGGCUCUGUCGCACCGGUUCCUAAGGAUACCUUUAGGGGGAGACGUAACACCUUGACAAUCAUCAUUCAGUGGAGUGAGGAGCUCUGUGUUGCACAAACAGGAUGUCAGAGCAAAACAAAUAGAAGUACUCAUCUGAGGCAGACCACUAAUCGACUUAUCAAUCACAUUUAGAGCUAACGCUUUAAUAAUCAGGCAGACGAUCACUGACUGGUGAUCACCGGGUGUUAACCUCGCGCACCUUUUGCCUGCAGCGUUAUCACCGUACGUCACUCAUCCGCCUUCAGCGACCUGGUCGUGAAAGAAUUGCGAUCAUUUGAAAUUACCUGGCAAAUUGAAAUCGUAUCGAUGUUGUUGACAACGUCGAUGUCUUUGCUGUAAUUGAAAUGUAAAAGGUGAAAGGCUGGGGUUCAUAAUGUUCCAUAGCACAAUACGAGACAAUGUUUUAUAUGUAUAUGGAAUUUGAAUUUGUGUUUGAAAUGUUACAGACGCAGAACAACCGGGGAUACUGUCAGUGGCUACGCUUUAAGCAAGUAAUACUAUAUUUAAAAUAUAAAUUAUUCUUUCUUUUAUUAAGUCCGUCUUCACCAUAUAAGUACAGUAAAUAUUAAUGCUAACAGUUUUUUAGUCGUACUACGCUAUUUCCUAAUGCCGUACCUUAUAUUACGAAUUUACACACAAGUGAGUACUAAAAUAACCAAAUACUGCUUGUACUCCAGUGCGGCUUAUACUCCGUCAAUGUAGCUGAGCUCAAACUCGAAGCUCUGGAUUCUUACUUAAAAUUAUAUAUAUUAAAAGUUCUCUAUAUCUCUAGUAAUUGGUGUGGUAUCACUGUCACCUGCUGGAUCGAAUUGCAAGAAAAACUAUUCCUGAAAUAUUCUGCACCCAGAAUCAUUACAAACACAAAACUAAUUUUUAAAAGUAAGGUUGUCAUA